AUGUCCGGAGUCAUUGACAACAAGGUUUGGCUUGGAGGACGAUACAGAAGGCUGUCAGCUAUCCGUACAUGUUUGUCCAAAUUGAAUGGCUUGUCAACUUAUCAGGCACAUGACUGCUUGUCUCUGGGAAUCAAAUUAAGCCUGAAGAUAAUUCAAGGUUCAUCAGAAACACAUACCUGCUCCAAGAUCUUGGAGAACAUGGACACUGCUGCAUCAUACAGCGCUGGGCUCCACCAGCACGUCACAGAGGUAACAGGAGGAAAUGGUUGGCUCGGCGAGUUUUCACUCUCUGGUAUUGACGCCUCUGGCUAUGAAACAUGGCUGCGCAGCCUCAAAGAUCACCCUGAUGUUAUUCACUAUUCUCUGAGACCACUGUACGAGCUGGCACUAUCGUGGUCAACUAUGAUUGGACUGUAUUUGGCCACACAUGAUUACCUCAAAGAACAUGGCGUCAGUUCUGGGACCAGUAAUCCAAGAUGUAGCGGCCGUCCUAACCUUGAUUACAACUGCUGUCCCAUCGAGACCCGCAGAGGAAAUCUAAGGGUGACCAUCGUCCGUGCUUGGGGUCUG